UGUUUGUUUGUUUGUUUUUGAGGGGGGAAGGGGCAGGAUUAUGUUUUGGACAGGCUCUUAUCCAGCCACCUUGUUCCUUGUGUCCUUCUUCCACUUCAGCUAUCCUUGGUCAGUGAAUAAUUUCCUGAUGACGGGUCCCAAGGCAUACCUCAUCUACUCCAGCAGCGUUGCGGCCGGCGCACAGAGUGGGAUUGAGGAAUGCAAGUUCCAGUUUGCUUGGGAUCGCUGGAACUGCCCAGAGAGAGCUUUGCAACUCUCCAGCCACGGAGGACUGCGUAGUGCAAACCGAGAAACAGCCUUUGUCCAUGCAAUCAGCUCCGCUGGAGUCAUGUACACACUGACACGCAAUUGCAGCCUGGGCGACUUUGACAAUUGUGGAUGCGAUGAUUCACGCAACGGGCAACUUGGAGGACAAGGAUGGCUGUGGGGAGGCUGCAGUGACAAUGUGGGCUUUGGGGAGGCCAUUUCAAAGCAGUUUGUGGACGCACUUGAGACAGGGCAGGACGCCAGAGCAGCGAUGAACCUGCAUAACAAUGAGGCAGGCAGAAAGGCCGUGAAAGGGACCAUGAAGAGGACCUGCAAAUGCCAUGGAGUAUCCGGCAGCUGCACCACGCAGACCUGCUGGCUGCAGCUGCCCGAGUUUCGAGAAGUAGGGACCUACCUGAAGGAGAAAUACCACAAAGGGCUGAAGGUCGACUUGCUCCAAGGGGCAGGCAACAGUGCCGCCAGCCGGGGGGCAAUUGCGGAAACCUUCAGCUCCAUCUCCAAGAAGGAGCUGGUCCAUCUGGAGGACUCCCCCGACUACUGCCUGGAGAACAAGACUCUGGGCUUGCUGGGGACGGAGGGCCGGGAGUGCCUGAAGAGGGGCAAGGCCUUGAGUAAGUGGGAGAAGCGUAGCUGCCAGCGUUUGUGCGGGGACUGUGGGCUGGCCGUGGAGGAGCGGCGAGCCGAGAUGGUGUCCAGCUGCAACUGCAAGUUCCACUGGUGCUGCGCCGUCCGGUGUGAGCAGUGCCGCAAGCGCGUCACCAAAUAUUACUGCGUGCGCAAGGAGAAGCGGGAACGUGGUGGGGGCAGCGCGGCCUCCCGCAAACUCAAGAGGAAGCAGUCCUAA